UAGAAUGAAGCUGGUGUGUGUAUCGUUGGUCGUGGGGGCCGCGCUAUGCGCAUCUCUGGUUUGCGGUUUCCCGCUAGUGCCUUGUUUUAAAGAGUGCAACGUCAGGCUGAGCAGUUCUGAUGAUGAAGAUUUGGAUGUUGCAUGUAAUGAGACUUGCAGAGUCGAUAAAUGCCACGAAGGCUGCAACCUAUGGACUAAUGCAAUUUCUUCAUCUUGCCAUGAAGUCUGCGAAGAAGACAAAAGAAUAUUCAACAAAUUGGGCCUGUAUUGUAUUAGAGGCUGUAACAUUGCAAUCAAUUUGUACAUGAAAGCUAUUGAAAAUGAAGUUGGAAAAACUCCAGCUCAACCUUAUUUGGUUGCCGACACAAGGACCAAUACAACAAUUUCUAUAAAAUGGGAUCGCAGUCAGUAUAAUAAUAUAUCGUAUCUGAUUCAGUAUCGAUACGACGGAGCCAAACAUGAACUUGACUGGGAAUAUUAUCGGCCAUCAAAUAUUCUCAAGGAAAAUUUUGUGAAAAUUGAAGGCUUGCAUCCGUAUACUAAGUACAGAUUCCGUGUGGCUUGGAUAAUUUUAGAAAACUAUCCACCUUUAUUUAGUGAAGAAAGCAUAGCGAUUUCUACGUUGCCGUAUGGAGCACCUUCAACGCCACCAACAAUAACCUGCUUAACAGCUGUCAGCUGCUCACGUGUUUCCAUGAGCUGGGAUCCACCACCACUAGUAAAUGGUCCAAUUUUGUCAUAUGUAUUAUUAAUUUAUGAGUAUGCUACAGGAACAACAAUGAUAAAGGAUAUUUCUGAUACGUCACACACAUCUGACGGAGGUUUGCACUAUAUGAUAAUCAACUUAAAACCCUCAACCACUUACAGAAUUUCACUGAGUACGAGAAAUUCAAUGGGCGAAGGACCUCACGAUGUCAGGAACAUCACCACAUUGGCAAAAAGAAUUUCAAAUUCACAUCAUACACCGGCAUAUCUACUGUUUGGCUCAAAGCAUCAAGUUUUGAGACAAGGUUUAAGAAUUAUUGAUGAAUCGAAAGUCCUCUAUCACAUUGCUAACGAAUCAGUAACUGUGUCAGGUGUUGGACUUUAUUUGAAACAAAAUGUGUUUUUUGUCUCUGAUUCUCAGGGAAAUUUGCAUAGCAUAAAUUUGAAAAAAGGUUCUCAUGUUAACACAAUAAUGCAUUCAAAUACAAGUUAUUUUACUUCAUUAUCUGUUGACUGGUUAAAUGGAAAAAUCUACAUGGCUGAAGAACAUCAAAUUACACGAUGUGACACAAAUGGGAAUAAUUAUGAAAUACUCCUGAACAAGUUGAAUCGGCCUAAGAAUUUGCAUGUAGAUCCUUUAAACGGAUACCUUUAUCUGACAGUGACGGAUUCCAUUCUUGGUGGUGGAUUAUACAGAGUUGAUUUAAUCGAAUUCGACCAUGGCAAAACAAUCAACUUCGAAAAAGCUGCGUUGAUUGUUAGUGAUAAUCAACUUUCAGCUUUCGCAGUCGAUUAUAAGAAUUUCAGACUCCUUUUACCCUCAUCGACGAAUAACACAAUAGUUUCUGUAUCCUUAGAUGGAAGUGAUGUUUCAGACAUCCGAGAAAAUUCUCAAACGCCCUUGUAUAAGAAUAUACGAAGUAUUGCUAUACAUAAUGAUUUGCUUUACUGGACAACAGGAGAUUUAUUGUAUGGAGAAGAAUUGCAUAAGAAGGAAAAUAAGUACUACAUAAAUGUUUAUUCAGUUGGAGAAGGUCCAUUUUUGUCUUUAAAUAUUCAUCAUACUGAAUACCAGCCAAAUCCAAUUCCAUUAAAUCCAGUGGAAUCAGUACAAGCUUUAUUUGGCAUGGAUGUAGCAAAAAUCAGCUGGUCAAAUCCAAGGCUACUAAGUGGUCAAGGAAAAGGAGCAUGGAAGAAGUGGCUGUAUGAAGUACAUCUACUAGAUCAUGCUAGCAAUCGAGCAGUUUUUAAGGUUAACAUAAGCAAUAACGUAUAUGACAUGUUUACUUUGAAACCCAAUACAACUUAUUCUGUGAAAGUUAGACCAUAUAGCGAAGGUGGCAAAGGUCCGUGGUCUUCAGAAUUCACUGGUAGUACUCUCGAAGAUAGAGAGGGUGAGAAAAGUGAUUUACCAUACAUUUUGUGGGGUGCCGAAGAUGGUCUCUUAAAGUCUGAUUUCGUUGCUCAAAAUGUUGAGCCAAUUAUACAUAAAAUAAACCUGAAUAAUGCUCAUAUUACUGAUAUUGCCUCGUAUGAUAAAUUCGUAUUCAUCAAUACAAACACAUCUUUUGUGUAUGUUUACAACAUUGUACAGUCGUCCAUAAUUAGGCUUGCUAACAUUACGGCAAACAGCAUUGCAGUGGAUUGGUAUGCUCCCAAACUAUAUUAUUCAAGCGCAGCAAAUCAAAUGAUUUCGCGGUCAAACAUUGACGGAACCCAACCAGAGCCGCUUCCUAUUGUAACAAUGGCUAAGAAAAUAGCCAUAGAUUCAGCCAACGCUUUUAUUUAUUGGAUAACUUCAAAUAGUGUUGAACGCUCCCGGCUGAAUGGAAUGGAUCAUUUUGUGUACAUGAAAAAUGCUUUGUUUUCUGGAAAACAUGUUAUGGGUUUAACUCUGGAUUUGGCCCAAGAAAAACUUUUCUUCAUGAUCAGAAGUUUUGAAGGCUCCGUCCUAUAUCAAGCCUGUCUAGCUAGAAACAAUGCUGAGUCUUCCUGUACUACAAUGCAACCCGAAAUUAUUGGAUCUUUGUCUGAAGAUAGCUUGCAUGGUCCUGUUUUCUACUACAACAGAAAGAUAUUUUGGAUUCAUGAAAACCAGAGAGCAUUUGUUAGUGAUAUUAACGGAAAAAAUUUUGCUCAUAUUGAGGGGUUAGGAUUAACGGCUUUGACGUCAAUGGAAAUAAUGGAUCCUUUAUUACAAACUUUUCCAGAUAAUCUCGACAUGAAGACUAUAAAAGUUGUCCCUCCAUCGAUUUCUGAAAAUGCAAUUCAUGUGGAAGGAACUCAUGAUAAAUUUAAUAUUACACUAGAUCCCAUUCUCUCUGUUAACUAUGGCACAGUUUUCUAUGAGAUACGGAUUGAUGAUGGUGAUGAAGUCUAUAGUUGUAUCACAAAUAAUACGGUAUUUGUGUAUCCUGUCAUGAAACGUUUAGCUCCUUUCACUCCACUCAUUAUUGGAAUACAAGCAUUCACAUAUUAUGCAUCAUCCAAAAAGACGGUCGUUUCUCUUCACUCACCACCUUCUAUACCGUCAAGUCCUCUGCAUCCAAGAAUUUUUAUAACGUAUAAAUCAUCUCCACUGAAUCCAAAUCACGAUAUCGUUGCUGAUUUCAGAUGGUCUCCACCAGCAAAAACUAACGGAAUCAUCACAAACUAUUAUGUAAAAUGCUGGAUGAUAGCCAACGAAACCAAAAUACCUGUUUGUGAUGAUGUGGUUGAUGGAAAAUUAUUGCAGUUUCAGAAAGAAAAUAUACUUCCAAAUACUACUUACACUUUUCAAGUAUCUGCAAGUACAUCAGCUGGAAUGGGACCUCCUAGUGACAGAGUUGAAGCGGAAACUUCAGUUGAAAAGCCAGUUCCUCAAUUAUUAUUAGCUAAUUCGGAUAGUGUUAAGGUUGCUGAUAUCGAUUUUCAUGAAGAAAAACUCUUAUUUGGAAAGGCAACUCAUCCUGCAGCUAUCGCAUACCUUGCUCAAGAAAAAAGAAUCUUUUAUUUGGAGGAAGAAGGCUCAUUAAUGGCUUCGUCUAUAGAUGGCACGAAUGCAUCUUUGAUAAAACAUCUGACAUAUUCUGAAGGUACUUCUUUGACCGGUUUGACCGUAGAUUGGAUUGGAAGAAAGCUUUACUACACUGAAGUCGAUAAGAAAGAAUCCCACAGUACUGUGUUUUCUGUCGAUCUGAGUGUUAACAAUCAUCCAAAGAAGAUAUUCAACAGUUCAUCCAUCAUAAACAGUUUAGAAGUUGAACCCUUUUCUGGAUCCUUGAUAUACACUUUAACCGUUAAAAAUAAUUCGAAUUUAAUGAUUUCGGAUCUUAGUGGAUCAAAUAUUCGACCUUUCUUUUUUCAAGUCGUUGAGUAUGAAAACAACAAUAAUAAUAAGGUGAAAGUUAAAAGAGAGAGAACAAAACCAACUAAAAGCUCUUGCAAUUGUAGUUCUACGGUAACAACUGUUGGAGAAGCAAUUGCUAUUGAUAAUACCAACACAUCAGAACUGAAAGUAUUAUAUGUUGACGGAUUGCAUGGCCAUAUCUUGUCUUCUGACAUUUCUGGUUGCGUCUGCCAUUUGGUAAUAAAUGCAACUCAGAAUCAGAACAGUGGUCUGCCACCAACUUCAAUCACAGUUGAUAAGCAAAACGUAUAUUGGUCAAACAGAAAAGUAGGUAAAGUAUUUAGCAUAUCGAAGACAAAGAAAUUCUCGGAAGUAUCUGACUCACACCCGCUAGUAGCUGAAGAAGUUCGAGGGAUAAGAAGCAUUCGAGCAAUUGGUCAUUAUCUGCAACCAUUUCCAGAUGCUUCCUGUCUUAUAUCGGAAUCUUACACAGAGAAAGCUCGCUUAAUAAGAAGUACUCACAAUAGUCUAGCACUAUAUUUACCUCAUGUUCAUCGACCUAACUUUUGCAACCGAAUAUCAUCCCCAUCCUUACUUUACACUGUAUACUAUGGUCCCUUGAAUGAUGAUGUCACACAAUCAUGUUUUAUGGAAAUUGGAAAAAACACAUGUCAAAGCAAAAAAACUUAUAAUGACACAAUUAUCCUUGAUGGACUCAAGCCGUUCACGAAUUACUCGAUUCGCAUUUCUGUUGAAAAUUAUUACAGCAAAGGCUUAUCGGUGCCUGGUCCUGAAGUUACAUAUCAAACUGCUGUUGGAGUACCUUCUCAGCCUGUGAAUGUCUCUGCAAAAGCAGUUACUCCUUAUAGAAUAGAUGUUUCCUGGGAACCUCCAUUUAUUCCAAACGGAUCACCAAUUUUCUACGAAAUUCUUUUAAAAGUCAAAAAUUCAACUAGAGAAUUCUCCCUCUUGUCACCCACACACACGCACAUUUAUUUUGAAUGUGGAAAAGAAUCGAGCACGGAUCUAUCUGCAAGCAUAACAACCACGGAAUCUGGGAAAGACCAUUACAUAACAGUACGAGCUUAUUCUGCUGACUGUGAAAUGCAUAACGACAGUGAGGAAGUAAUCGUGACAGCUUUCGAAUUGCCAAGUAAUAUUACACUAGUUGAAGCUUCUUCAACCUCUCUGAGACUUUCAUGGAUUUCUCCAGCCGAUGACAGCAUUUCAAACCAUCUUUUAGAGUACUCACAAGCAGAGGGUGAAGAAGAUGAAUGGAAAGUUUCAGAAAUUACUGCAACAGAACCAUCUACUCGACACAUAUUUUCAAUAAAAAAUUUAAUUCCAAAAACAAAAUAUUAUUUCAGACUUAUUUUAACUUAUAAGGAAAAAGGUCUGAAGUUCGUCUGGCCGCAAAACUACAACUUUGAAUUUACAACAUCUGGAGAUAUACCAAGUCCUCCAGGAAAACCGCAAGUAAAACGCGUAGUUAAAGAUGUCUUCAAGCUGUUCUGGGAUCCAGCGGUCAAUUAUGGUUUUUCAGAUAUAGUUUAUGAAGUUGACAUCAGGUCUGAUUUAGAAAGCACAUGGAAACAUUUCAGUAACAGUUCUGUAACAACUUCCAUUGUGAAUAAUUUUUCUGUAAAUAUUAAUUAUGAAUUUCGAGUAAGAGCUGUUAAUGAAUAUGGUGCAAGUCCGUACAGCUAUUCUGAUCCCUUUCUACCAGAAAUUGGAGCCCUCAUUGAACGAGCUGAAAAUCCAUUUGGCAUAAUUAUAGCUUCAUGUGUGGCGAUAGCAGUUUUCCUCAUUGUAUUUGUAAUAUCUGUUUAUAUGAUUCAUCUGAAGAGAGAAAAAUGCAAGCAAAUUCUUCAAGAAGUGGCACCAUCUACUGAACUACCCGAUUUAGAGCUUGCAACAUUGCAAGAUUUACCACUGCAUGCGAAUUUCAUACAUCAGACUAAUGCACUGUACAAUUUACAUGACCUACCGACGGAUGAGGAAUUACUAGCUCUGCCGAAGUACAAAAAAGACCAAAUUGUAGUUACAAAAUUUCUCGGGAGUGGUGCAUUUGGCGAAGUUUUUGAAGGAAUAGCAAUUAGUGAUGACAUACCACCGCGUUCUCAAAAAGUUGCCAUCAAAACUUUGAAAAAAGGUGCAACGGAACACGAGAAGCAAGAAUUUCUUAAAGAGGCAAAACUAAUGAGCAAUUUCAAGCAUGAUCAUAUACUGCAGCUCAUAGGCGUCUGCUUUGACAAUAAUCCUAAUUUUAUUUUACUGGAGCUGAUGGAGGCAGGUGACCUUCUGUCUUACUUAAGAAGUAAUAGACCUACAAUGUUCGAACCAAGUCAUUUAACAAUGGAUGACUUAAUCGGGAUCUGCAUUGAUGUCGCUAGAGGCUGUAAAUAUUUAGAAGAUAUGCAUUUCGUUCAUAGGGAUUUGGCUGCUCGUAAUUGCCUUGUAUCGAGCUAUGAUAGACAAGAAAGAAUUGUUAAAAUAGGCGAUUUUGGAUUGGCCAGAGAUAUCUACAAAAAUGAUUAUUAUCGCAAAGAAGGAGAAGGAUUGCUUCCAGUAAGAUGGAUGGCUCCAGAAUCACUCGUCUAUGGUGUUUUUACAAUACAGAGCGACACGUGGGCCUUUGGAGUCUUACUUUGGGAAGUUAUUACAUUGGGAAUGCAGCCUUAUCCUGCACGUUCGAAUAUGGAAGUUCUUUAUUAUGUAAGAAGCGGCGGAUGUUUGGAUAGGCCCGAUAAUUGUCCUGAUGAACUGUACCAGAUAAUGACUGAUUGUUGGAAGUAUGAUGCAGACAGACGACCAUCGUUCUGUUCUUGUUUGCAAGUAUUACAAGAACUGAGAACAAAAUUAGCAUCAUCUCCCCUUAUUAUGCCAACAGUGUAUAAUUUUGAUUACUUCAGUCAAGGGAAUGUUGGUUUUGACAACUUAGGAUAUUGCGCCAGCCUUUUGAAUGCAUCUGUUUCAUCAUCUGAAAGUAAUGAUUACAGUGUAACAACAACAGGUACUUAUAUUGGAAGGUAUGACCCACAAGAAAAUGAUGAAAAUAAGCUUUUAGACCCACACUUUGAUUCCAGAAGCACACAAAGUGUGCCUCCUGCCUUAUCAGAAAUGAUACUUGAUGCAAAUCCUUUGUCCAUGCGCAGAUCCCUAUCUUGGACAAGUACCAUGUUGCAAUCACCUGAUAUCCAUCCUCAGUGUGCAACAAGAAUUUCAACAAAAUCAAAUCCUGCAACUACUACAAAUAAAUAUUUAGAGCUUUUAGGAGAUAAUGAAGAUUCGGAUGGCUACCAACUGCCUUUGCAAGUCCGAAAAUCGUCUAAGUCAUCUAAACAAACGCUUCCUAUAUGUGAGAAGAUAUGUGAUCUAAUGAAUGUGACUUCCAUUUCGUCCAGUCAAGUGAUAAAGCCAUCAUUAUCUUUAAAUCACCUUGCAUUAAAACCUGAAUCACUAAACUGUGAAAACAAAACUGAUUUUCUUCAUGAAAACAAUAAUGAGCAGUCUCCAGCUCUUGAUGAAUUAAAUUUAAUGCUGGAUUCUGAUGAAAGAAGAAAUUCCAACAGCAUAUCAACUCCUAAUUCGGAGAACUCUUGGUUAGAAGACUGUGAUAACUGGUCUUUUUCCACAGCUUCUACAGCAACAUGUCCUUUGGAUGCUUCGCUAAAUAUUGUUGAAAAUAGUGAAGUAGUUGCAAUAUCACCUACAACUGGGAUCGAUAUGAAUUAUUCAUCGAAGUCAUCGUAUUGUUGAAAUAUUGUUUUAACUGUUGAUAUUAUUGGCCAUAAUUGUUUCUAUUUUUAUAUAACCCUUCACUUUUACAUUUUUUUCCAUAUUUACGUGGGAAAAUAUAGUCUUCCGUUGCUGAACUCAAUGUAAAUCAUUAUGAAAGUUAUAGAAAUGUUAAGAUAUCAUUUGAAUGUUGAUAUUGUUGACUAGAAUACUCCUAUUUUUAUUCUUUUCCUCAAAUUUACUCUUCUGGAAUUUUCCAAAUUUAUAAAACCAAUCUUCCAUGCAAAAUAAUUGAAAAAUGCCAUAAUUUCUUCAUGGAAAAUCUGUACCAUAUUGCAAUACAAAUGAAUAUGAAAACCAGUAAUUAUCUCUUAAAACAAAGAUUUCCGUUGAUUCAUGGAAUUUUCAAAUGUACGUUUCAAGUUCGAAUCCAAGGUCAUUUGAAUAACAUCAUAUCUGAAUGUUUUUUGCAUGAGGUGCAUGUUUCAUGUUGGAAUUCUGAUUGAUUUUAAUUACUCCAAAAGUGACUUUUAUCUAAGAAUUUUAAUGCAAAAACCCGAUCAGGAUUUGAUUAGGAUACUUAUUAAGAUAAUAAGAUAACAUAUUCAUUAAUACAGCUCAUAUUUCCUUCUUCGCUAUAAACAAGCAUCAGAAUAUUGAAUUUCCUAGUAUAAAUGUACAAAAUGAAAUUCAUUAAGCAGAAGGGUUUAAAUAUUAUCGCUUUCAUUUGCAUAUAACAUUUAUAUGCGUUUUGAGUUCUCUUUCCAUUAUCAUUCAUCAUCAUUUGAGUACUUUAAUUGUGUUUGAUUCAUUUCUUAACCAGGUAUUUUGAUUCCUAAUGAAAAUGUUAUCGUAUUUCCCUUUUUGAGUGAAGAAUAAAUGAUAGCAAAAAUAUAGUUUUAUUUUUAUCAAAUAGUUGUCUCCAAGCACUUUUCUUUUAGAAAAUGUUGCAGAUACAGCUAAUUUGUAUUUUUUUGAAAUUUCAUCUUUGUCUGGGAUUGACAUUACGGUGAAGAAUAUAUUGAUUUCGAAAAUCAAAAUGUAAAUGGUAUUAUCAUCAAAAUAUAUUUUCAAUGCCUCAUUGUAAUGCUGUGCUUCAUAAAUACCCGAUUUGUAAAUUUUGUGCUGUUUCACCUGUAGAUUUAUCAUCAUCAUAUGCUUUUCGUAUCAUAAUGUAUAAUGAAUUACCGUAAAAAUGUAUCAUUGUUUACUGAUUUUUACAUAUAAAACGAGAUUUUCAUUAAGUUCUUUUCCUAAAGGCUAAUUUCUCUUUCAGAACUUUUUGAAUAAGAACAAUCCAUUUAAUAUUCUAAUUACCUUCUUAAUUUAACUAAUUAUCGAAAUGCAGACGUAAUAAGUUGCUUGAUAAUCUUAUUUAGUUUCAAAAGAGUAAAAAAUGAAUUAUUAAUAAUUAAUCUAUUGUAAGUAAAAUAUAGGUAAAAUAAAUGUUACAUUUUUUAACUGUCUUGUCUUUCUACCUAUCUUUACUCAUGAUUUUAUACCGGCACAGUACUGAUAUGUUUAGCUCACGUAUAAGUAAAACUAAAUACUUCCUUCCUUCCGAAAUGCUUAUACGUGAUAACGUUUCCACUUCCUUCCUUCUGGUCUGAAUGCCCUUUAGAUUUGCUCAAUUACUCAAUAACUACUGAACAUAAAUCGUUCUCACCUUGUAAUCCGUAAUUUAACAAAAGUUCCAGAGAAUAUUGGAUUAUGAUCUUCCAGUAAUAAAACGAAUUUUUUUUACUCAAUAUGCCUACGAAACAUAAAAACGGUACAUAAAAUGGCACCUCACUCUUCGAACUUCCAUACCACAACAUCUUGAAGGCAUUUUAAUCCCGAUUGUAAAUUAAACAUUUAUUAAGCUUGCAUACACGACGAAUUAUUGGGAAGGUGGGGUUGAAGUUAAAUUUCUUCUACCAGGUAGCUACAAUCCUACAAAUUUCUAUUUUUAAAAUUAGAUUAUUUUAUUUGAUAUCGGUUAAAAAUAAUAGCUGUUCGUAUCCUUUUCUGAUCUAUCACAAAAAUCUGAAAUAGCCUCUUUUGUGUGCGAUUUUAAAAUAGACAUGUUUCUUUAAAUUGUUAGUACAGACUGGUAAAGAGAAUUGCUUAUCUCAUUAUGAUUUAAAUUACGCAUUCAAAGUGGCACCUGUGCAUGUGCAAACAAAAAGAAGAACAGCAUAAUUUUUAUUUUUCACAUAAUGUGCAUUACUAGUCGAAUGUCAUUUUCAUCAUCAUGAUGAUAAAAUAAAUAAAUUACGUAUGCGUUUUUCUGAAAAUCAUUGAAGAUAUCUUAUAUACUUAAGAGCCUUAAAAUUAAUUUAGUUUUUAAGUCUUUUGAAUGAUUGGAUAUAUAUUUUUUAUAUCACUACAGAGAUAAAAGUAUUGAUAUUAAACAUUCAUCGGAAACCUAACAUUAUAAGCAGAAAUAUACAUGUGCUUCAUUGGAAGAUAAAUUUAAAUUUUGCAAUAACUAAUCAUAUUAAGUAGUAAAAUCAGAUACGAACAUAAAAGGGUUAUUAAGAAUGAAAUGCUUUUUCUGUUACCAAUUUAUACUUUGUAGUUUUUCGAUGCAUCAACAAACGUUUACGUUUAGAACGGCGUCAUGUUUUGAGGGUCAGGAAAAAAAAAGAAAUUGAAAAGCUUAAAUAAAUUAUUCAUUCUUAUGUCAUUGAAGUAUGUUCUUAGAAUUAUAAAUAUAUUUUUUUUUUCUAUAAAAGUUUUUAUAAAAGAUAUCAGCAUCUGAAAAUGCAAAAAAGGCCCCUUAUUUCCAUUAGUCUUCUGUAAUAUGAGCUGCAAGUUUACUUAGAAUAAUUAUUAUUAUUCGAUGAUUUGAAUUGUAUAUGGUCCUCUUUAAACAUUUCUUUAUUUAAAAACAAACCAAAGGAGUGUUUUGAUCAGUAUUUUACAUUAGUGAAGGUGUCAUUCUACAUAGAGUUACAAGAUAGUAGCUUUAGAAAAAAAGGUCCUCCAGAAUGUAGAGUAUGAAUAGAAAAGAUAUUGCAAUAAUUGAUACAUGUCGAUGUUUGAUUUUCACUACUUCACAUUUCUAGUAGAACAACAGAAAUUUUCAAUUUAAAAUAUAAUAUAACUAAUAAAAUAAUUUUCUAAUAACCAGGUUUACAAAUAUAUGAUAUAAGUAAUAAACGUAUAAGUUUGCAGUACUUUUUCAGAAUUUAAAUAUUCUAAAAAGUGCUUUAUUUUGAUGUUCAAGAAUUGUUUUAAAGGUAU